UGCAGACUGCUUCUACAAAACAUUUGUGAAAGACUGUGCAAUAAGUCCAUACAUGAAAUUUCCUUGGUACUAAAUAUUCCACAGUCAACUGUUAGUGGUAUUAUAACAAAGUGGAUGCAACUGGGAACAACAGCAACUCAGCCACUAAGUGGUAGGCCACAUAAAAUGACAGAGUGGGUUAAGCACAUGCUGAAGCACACAGUGCACAGAGGUUGCCAACUGUCUGUAGAGUCAAUAGCUAUAAAGACCUCCAAAUUUUACGUGGCCUUCAGAUUAGCACAACAGUGCAUAGAGAGCUUCAUGGAAUGGGUUUCCGUGGCCGAGCAGCUGCAUCCAAGCCUUACAUCACCAAGUGCAAUGUAAAGCGUCAGUUGUAGUGGUGUAAAGCACGAUGCCAAUGAACUCUA